AUGGAUGGAGAGCCAGGCACCCCGUGUCGAAAUCAGGCGCUCGAGCUCCAUGUCCGAUGCGUGCCUGGCGAAGACAAAGUGCAGCUAUAUCUCGCUCUUCGGGACGGGAACACGUUAUCCUUCAACAGGCCGAGCGACAGCGACAUGGCCAGCACCCUGCGGCGGCUGUCGCUGACGGUCCAGAAGCGCCGCCGACUCACGGACAAGAAGAAGAAGGGGGCCAACGGGGGCAAGGCAAAAGGUAGCGGAAAGAAAGGCCCUCAGAGCGGGAAGGGCGGCGUCGGCAACGGCGAGGAAUUGACGGCCGCUCUGUUCGACAAGGGAACCGGAGAGUCCAUCGAGGUGGACGGUGCGCUCAACGGGGACGGGUGGGUCCGCCUGUGCGGAAACGGCGAGAGCAACCACGCUCCCCCCGGCGAAACCGCCGGGAACACGGGAGAUUUCGGCGCUAGGGCAGCGGCUCCGCAGGGCGGGUUUACACGCGUAGUGGGGAGGAUGCGCGCGUACACCCCGGUGGAUGCGGACGUGGGCCUGCGGCUGAUGGUCAGGUGCACCCCGAUGGGAUUGGAGGGACGCAGGGGGAGGCCGGUGGUUCGCGUGCUCACGUCUCCAGUUCGACCCGGUCGCGUCCCCGGACCCCUAGCCCUGCGGAGGCAUUGGCUGGAGGAGAGGGGGGGGGGAGUCUACGGGGGAGGGGGAGAGGGGUCAACGGAGACUGAAGGACUUGCCGAUGAUGGCACGGAAGGAGGGGUGCGGGAGGGCGGGGGUCGAGCUUUGCCGGGAGGGGCGGCGGCUGUGGGCGGGACAAUAAGGCGUCGUUGUCGUCUUCGAGUCAUGUGCUACAACAUUCUCGCCGAUAUGUAUUGCACGUCGGAGCAAGCGGACAAGGUGCUGUACCCGUACUGCCCCAAGGAGUAUCGCGCCAUGGACUACCGGAUGCAGAUGGUGGCCAGGGAGGUCCGAGGGCACGCGGCCGACCUCAUCAUGCUGCAGGAAUGCGAAGCCAAGGCGUUCGACAGGUUUUUGUCCCCGGGCCUGGCGUUAGACGGUUUCGAAGGGAUCUACGCGAACAAGGCGGGCCAGGCCCAGGAAGGGGAGGCCGUCUUCUACCGAAGCUCCGUCCUCGCGCUGGAGUCGAGGCACGACUUCUCUAUGAAGGAUGCCAUCCCGGCCCAGGAAGAGUUCCGAGGGCUCCUGGAGGCAUUCCCGACUCUCUCGGCCAUCGUCGAGGACCGGCUGACCACGGUGGCGCAGGUGGCGGUGUUCCGUCCGGCUUCGGGUUGCGACGGCGGGGGCAUGGCGGAGGCCGGAGCAUCUGGGGGGGCGGGAGAGGAGGGGUCGCGAGUAAGGCUUAUCGUGGCCAACACGCACCUCUACUUCCACCCCAACGCAGCGCACAUCCGGCUCAUGCAGCUCGUCACCCUUGUCGAGAGAAUAUCGCGCGUGCGAAAGGAUCUGCUCGCGCGUGGUCUGAGGCCCGCGGUGAUCCUAGGCGGGGACCUCAACAGCCCGCCCGACGGCCCGGUACGGUACCUGAUGGGGGAUCUCAUCGGGCCGGACAGUGACCUGUGGGAGAACAUGGGCACCUUCAAGUGGGGCGACCGUUUCUUCGACGAGCUCCCCACCACUUCCGGAGCCGCGGCAACAGCAGCAGCACCACCACCCCCACCGCCAACAUCGAGAAUACCCGACGAGAAAGCUUCGACGGCAUCUCCCAGACCGAACAACGCCACCAACAACAACGACAACGAAACCGCCCGUGCCUCGCACCCCAGUGUCGCUGGCUCCAAGGCGAAACCAUCGCCGUUUCUUCCGAACGUCCCCUACCUGAGAACGCCUUUCGACCUUCAGCUCGCCUCGGGCACCCCGGCCUUCACCAACUUCACCCCCGACUUCACCGACACUCUGGACUACGUUUUCAUCGAGGGGGCGGGGGCGGACAGCGGCACGCCGACCACAGCAGCGGAGGCGGUUCUUGCGGUGGAGGGGGCAGGGGGCACCGGCGGUGGUGGGGAGGGGGGGGGAGGGGGAGCGGCGGCGGCGGCUGUUGCGCCGAUGCCCGAGGAGGGGCCGCUGAGGGCGACGACUCCCGGAUUGCCGUCGGAGACUUUUCCGUCCGAUCACGUCUCGCUUGUGGUCGACCUUGCGCUGUCGGCGUGA